CCGAGCUCGCGCACGCCGCCUCUCGCAGUACGGGGCUGUGGCGGCCUCUUCCUCCUGGGUCCGGGGCCGCUCGGUGCGMGGUGCCCGCGGCGGGAGCUGGGCGCCGCUUUUGCCUCGCCGCUGCCGCCACCAACAUCAGUGCCUGUCCCUCUGAAUCCUUCCCUGCCCCGUGCAGAGUCGGCGGCUGGGGAGAAAGCGACGCCAGUGUGAGGUUCUCAGCCGAUGGGCAGCCCCUGGACUCGCUGAGGGGCCGGGCUUCGAGUGGCCGAGAAAAUGAUGCAUCCAGUUGCCAGCAGUAAUCCAGCGUUCUGUGGGCCUGGCAAGCCUUCCUGCCUCAAUGAAGAUGCCAUGAGAGCUGCUGAUCARUUUGACAUAUAUUCCUCCCAGCAAAGCAAAUACAGCCACACUGUCAGCCACAAACCAAUGGUUUGUCAGAGGCAAGACCCUUUAAAUGAAACACACUUGCAGCCUACAAGUGGCAGAAGCAUAGAGAUAAAAGAUGAACUAAAGAAAAAGAAAAAUCUUAACCGAUCUGGUAAGCGUGGCCGGCCUUCAGGAACCACCAAAUCAGCAGGAUACCGGACCAGCACAGGCAGACCCCUGGGAACUACCAAAGCRGCUGGAUUUAAGACAAGUCCAGGCAGACCUUUGGGUACAACUAAAGCUGCGGGAUACAAAGUCAGCCCAGGGAGACCUCCAGGAAAAAAGCAGCAAGCCUUCAGGUGUUCCAGUGAUGCCUGACACAAUGAGCUGGACUUUAUGCUGCUCUUUACAGUAAGAGGUGUUGCAUUUUUUGUGGGGACUUUGUGCACUGGCGUCUAAGACAGUGACCUCAACAAUAUUAGCUUUGCACAAACCAUAGCAAACAAUGUUGGAUGACUACAUAAUUAAUUGUAACAUUCUGGCAGCUAAAUUGCUACAAAAGUUUCUUCUUGCAGAAGCUUAGAAUAUAAAACUUUGAAUAAUUUACUCAGAACAGUAUAACUUCUGACACACACAAAUGCUUGCAUCUUUAUUUAUGUGUUCAUCUAUCCAGUUCUCUUCACUUAGCUGUUUCUCAAGAUGAUGUUCAGCGGUGGCUGCUUAGAAAUACUUUCAAGCUAGUUCCUGAAGACAGUUUUUUUAAUGUACACCAUUGUCAAGGAUUUGGUUGCAUGUUAAGUCCAUUAGACAUUGCCCUUUCAGUUUCUUUUCAUCCCUGAUUUUGUUAAACAUGYUCUUCCUUUUAUCCCCUGCCUUUUCCUACAUUCAUUCCCUCUCACCCCAGCACAUCUACUCAGUGGUGCUGUGCUGUGUGUCAGAAGAUAAAGCAGGUGUAUUAUUGUAUAAUGAAUUUUGUAUACAUGUUUCUGAAAUGGUGAAAUCAGCUAAAGGAGGUAUGUUUAUAAUAGUGUUUAUUAUCAGGAGCUAUGUCCCAGGAAAAAAGGGGGACAAAUGGCUACAGUUGUGAAUGGAUAACAUCUUUUAGAAAGCCAAGUUUACUGUUCAUGUGAACAGUUACCUGGAAUAUUAGAUCUAURUGCUGGAGAACAUCUCCUGAUUCCACUUACUUUUCUCCUCGUGAACAGUUCACUGGUGCCAUGCUGAAGAGAAAGACAUAUAAGUGAUAACAUGAAUGAAGUCUUAAAAUAUAAAAUAUUUUUACUUCUAUAUAAUCUAAAGACUACAUCGUGCAUCUUUUGUAACACUGUCUCUUGUCAUGAUAAACACUGAAAUAGCAUGUUAAACAGUUGCCGAUACUUUUAAUAUAAUCAGUUGGGGAAAACUGGCCUUUCCCCCCACUGUAUGAUUGUUCCUUCAAAGGUAAAUUGCUAAUUUUAUACUGUGUAAUUCUAUUCUUCACAAAAUAGGUUUCACUAUUCUAUGUUAAACUAUUGGUCAGAAAAUGAUCUGCUUUUCAAGUAAGUUUGCUUUACUUUUUUCUUUAAAAAACAUUUUAACACGUCUUAUUUACUAUUGUUAUUAAUAAGCUAACACAGAUAAAAUUUUCAUUUUUUCACAGAUGAAACCUUGCAUAACUAAUCUUUAGUAUGGGAUGAUUUUGAUACUAUGUGGGGGUUUUGCACUGGAUAUUAAAAAUAUUGGCACAAUGUAUUGGAAGAAAAUUAGUAUCUUGUUUGAUUUUCAAUAUUUGGGGACAUUUUUAAAAUCAGUGUUUCAAUUAGACUAUAAAAAUUCUGUUUAUUUACAUUUUAAAGAAACAUCUAUC